AUGGUGCUUGGAUUUGAGAUAAAGUGCUUGAAAUUGUAAAUGCUUUACUUUUACAAUAAAUUGAUGUCUGACUGAAUAGUUCGCUUUUUAGAUUAAAAGAAAAGAAUUGCUUCGCUUCUACAUAAAACAGCUCCGCUCCGGCCUUCCCACGCUAUGCGCGCGACCUGCAAGUGUUUUUUUGUGUGUGACCUGGGCAUUCAAAUGAGAGUGAUUAUAGAUGACAGUAUGCCAGGAGGUUGCUGUUUUAACGAGCGUUGGCUAUCCGAAGAAAAAUACAAGCCAUGGCUUGUACAACUGAAUUUCCCCACAGGGAUUAAUAAAGGUCCAUCUUAUCUUAUCUUAAAACGAGGAUCAACCCAACGAAUAGCCUCCUGCAAAGUUUGCCACAAAGAAUUUCAAUUAUUCACGAUGGGAGAGUCUGCGCUGACGAGCCACAUGAAAGGAAAGAAGCAUCAAGAUUGGAUGAGAAGACUUCAAACUCCAGGUCCUACAUUAGGAGAUUUUUUCCUAACAGACAAGGGAUGCAUCAAGCAGCACAGCUACAUCCACAUCAGCAACCAGCAGUGUAGAGAGAGCCAAUACAGUGGAAGCCACCUGUGGAGUAGCGACAGGAGUUGCCCCUCUAAUAUCAGCAGGUUCAUCAAAUCCACCCAAUUCAUCCAGCAAGACCACAGGCACUUUAACAUCAUUUGUUAGCUCUAAUCCAACACUCAAAGCAGAAAUAUGUUGGGCAACAAACGUUGUAACCAGCCACUAUUCGUACAAAUCAUGUGAGAACGCAGAGGCCAUUUUCCAGACAAUGUUUCCUGACAGUGAUGUAGCGAAGCAGUUCAGUUGUGGGGAGAAUAAAGUGGCAUAUCUCACUACAUUUGGGAUUGGUCCUCAUUUCUCUUCCAUAAUGAAGGCCAAAGCCAAGAAAGAGUCUGGAUAUGUUCUUCUGUUCGAUGAAAGUCUGAAUCGGGAAAUGAAGAAAAGCCAGCUUGACAUCCACAUUCGAUUCUGGAAUGAUAACCAAGUAAACUCAAGGUAUCUGACAUCGUUUUUCAUGGGUCAUCUCACUGCAGCACAAAUCUAUGAGAAGGUUGAGACAGUGUGUUUGGAUAUAGGCUUCCAGAACCUGAUUCAACUGUCAAUGGACGGCCCAAAUGUGAACUGGAAACUCUUCUCCAUAGCCCAGCAAAACAUUGAAGGACAAACCGGCAAGAAAAUGCUAAAUGUAGGAAGCUGUGGUUUGCAUAUACUACACAACUCCUUUAGAGCAGGGUGUGCAGCCACAAACUGGGAGCUGGGAAAUGCUCUGUCAGCCCUUAAAUGGCUUUUCAAGGAUGUUCCAGCUCGUAGAGAGGACUAUACAGAAGUCACUGGUACCUCAUCCUUCCCUCUUGACUUCUGUCAUCAUCGAUGGCUUGAAAAUGUGGAGGUAGCUGAGCGUGCCUUACAGAUUUUGCCUUCUCUAAAAAUAUACAUCGAUGCUGCCAAAAUGAAAACUGUAACAGAACCAUCUACUAAGUCUUUUAAGACUGCUCAGAUGAUUGUUCAAGAUGACCUCUUCGAAGCAAAGCUCAACUUCUUUUUAAUGGUGGCAAGGAAAGUCACACCUUUUUUGAAGUUAUACCAGACUGAUAAACCGAUGCUGUCAUUUAUGAGUGAGGAUCUCUCUAAUAUACUGAGGAGUCUAAUGGAGAAGUUUAUCAAGCCCAGUGUCAUGAAGAAUGCCACUACCACAGUCAAGCUUCUGCAAGUUGACUUAACUGACCCAGUCAACCACAUGGAUGUCACCAAACUGAGAGUGGGAUUUGUCACAGAGCGAGGUCUGGAGGAACACAUGAAGAAGAACUCAGGUGCUGAGAGGUUGAGGCUGGAGUUCAGAGAGAAUUGCAAGUUGUUUUUGCUGAAGAUGGUCUCCAAGCUUUUGGAAAAGGCUCCACUGAAAUAUCCCCUUGCAAGAAACUUGUCUGUUCUGGAUCCAAGGGUGCUUCUCAAGAGCAAAGAAGUAAGCACACGAAAACUCACUACUGUUCUGCGGCUCCUUGUGGAAACUGGCCGCAUUGAAGAAAAAUGUUGCGAUGAGAUCAUUAGGGAGUUUGGUCACUUCUAUGACCACAGCCUUAUGUCAGCGCCAGAUUCCUUCAGGGACUUCAACCCACAAAGUGGAAGAUUGGAUGAAUUCUACCAGGAGCAUUUAUCCAACAAAGCAGAGUGUCGUCAUCUAUGGGAGGUAGUAAAACUCGUCCUGGUCCUUUCACAUGGUCAAGCAUCCGUUGAGAGAGGGUUUUCAGUUAACAAGGAAGUGAUGGUGGAGAACCUCAAAGAGCAUUCAUUGAUUGCUCAGCGGGUCAUUAAUGACCAUGUGCACAGUGUUGGAGGGCUGCUCAACAUAGCCUACACAAAAGAGCUGCUCAUCUCUGCAGCAUCUGCCAGGCAGAAAUAUCACAUGUAUCUUGAUGACCAAAGACGUCUAAAGCAAGAUGAGAAGAAGACACAGAAGAGGAAAGGAAUGAUGGAGGAGAUAACACAGAUAAAAGCCAAAAAGAAGAGAAUGGAGGAAGACAUAAGGGUCCUCAUGAAGUCUGCUGAUCAUAACGCAGAAAAAGCUGAGUCACAAGGACAACUAAGCUUCAUCUCCAAGUCCAAUGGCCUUCGAAGAGCUGCUAAGGAAAAGGAAAGACAUCUGGAGACUUUGGAGAGACAGCUAACUGAUAAACUCAAGGAACUGAAAGACACUCCCUAAUAGGCCGUAUGCUAUUUAGCCUUGAAUGAUUCAGUGUAUAAGCCUUGGUGUCUCUCUGUCUCAGCUCGCAGCACACACACACACACACACGCACACAAAACCUACUGACCCAAAGGACCUUGUCAGGCUCUGUAGGCCUCGUAGUGUCGCAGUAGUCAGGAAGGCAGGGAACUAAUUGUUACCUUGGCUGUGUAAGAUGUCGGUUUGUUUACCUCAAUAGAUUUCUAUGCUGUUUGGUAUAAGAAAAUGUGGUUUGUGUCUCCCACUUCCGUUUCCUUUCAUGUAAAUAGUUUAAUCCUGUGAUUGCUCCUGCGUGUUGUGUGAGGAUGCAUUUAGGGACUCGUGUGUUCUGCAGACCUGUGGUGGAGCACUCAUCCGCCGCAGAGUAGCGAAUAAAUCCAGAGAAAUCCACUCGAUGGAGAAGGGAUGUUAAAACCCAAACUGGAAUCCGGUCUGUCUCAAUGAGCCUCAUUUUCUGAUUUAAAAAGUGGUUGUACAUUUUAUCUUACGAUAAAUCAAUAUUGUAAAAACCAAAACUCUUACACAGAAAGAGGAUCUCUGCACACGCUCCCCCACUUCAGAAACUGACCUCAUGCUGUUACUCAGAUUAAAGUCUUAUGUUCUGUUUUUAUUAGAUAGAGAAAUACCUUGCGUUAUAUGGGGAGUUUGCCCAUAAUUUAUAUAAAUAUAUAUAUAUUUGUAUGAUGUAGAAAGUGUGUGCUCUGUGGCCUCGCUCUCUUCACACUGUGCUCGGUUGGUCGCAUUGUAUCAAAAGAAAACGUUUGUCCUAACC